AUGAAGAGUAAAAUAUCAGAGGUCAUACAGAAAGUGCUUGGACAAGAACUAGAAAGGGAUAAUGACGUAUACAUUAUUGGUGAGGAAGUGGGUGUAUACGGUGGUGCAUAUCAGUGCACAGCAGGUCUUUUAGAUAAAUUCGGGUCAUCCCGUGUGAUUGACACUCCAAUUUCUGAAAUUGGGUUUACAGGUUUAGCUGUGGGAUCUGCCUUUAUGGGGCUUAAACCCGUGUGUGAUUUUAUGUCAUUCAGUUUCGCAUUACAGUCCAUGGACCACAUAAUCAACUCAGCUGCAAAGACUCUUUAUAUGUCAGGCGGAAGAAUAAAGUGUCCGAUCGUAUUCCGUGGUCCAAAUGGGUAUGCGUACGGUGUGGGUGCACAGCAUACGCAGGAUUUCAGUGGAUUCUUCUCAGCCAUACCCGGAUUAAAAGUAGUCAUCCCGUACUCAGCAAGGGACUUUGCUGGCCUGCUCAGGAGUGCCAUACGUGACCCUAACCCAGUGAUUGUCUUAGAGAAUGAAAUACUUUACUCACGUGAGGUGGAGUACUUAGAAUCAGUGUAUGAUACAGAAUUCCUCCUCCCACUGGAUAAGUCCAUUAUUGAAGUGUCUGGUGAUGCAGUGACUGUAGUGGGAGUAGGAAUAACUGUGGGUGUAUGCUUAGAAGCAGAGAAAGUCCUUAAACAACAGAAUAUCUCUGUAGAGGUAAUUAAUGCGAUAUCAAUAAAUCCGUUAGAUAUCCCUACAAUUGAGAAAUCAGUCAGUAAGACCAAGAAACUCCUAAUUGUAGACUACGCCUGGCCUGAGUGUGGCAUUGCCUCUGAAAUAUCUGCAUCUAUUUCUUCUCGUUUAUUUAGUCAUCUUGAUAGUCCUGUUUACACCCUGUGCAGCAAGAAAAUACCCACGCCGUAUGCAGAAGAAUUAGAGAAGUUAAUGUAUCCCAGUGCAGAGGAUGUAGUUUCAUGUGUACAUAUGCUACUAGCAAAAAUGGAGUAUAAGAAUAAAGAAUAACCCAC